AUGUCACCCUGGUUACUUACCAUGAAGACCUGUCAAGAUAUGGAUAACGUAGUGUCACAACUUCGAUCUGCUAGCACCUGGAAGCCUGCCGCUGAUUUGGGGACCCGACUAACCAAGAUCAUACACGAGACCUUGCGAGACCAUACAAUGGAAUCUUACACCUACCGAGUCGAUUCCCACAAAAAGCCCAUACAAAGAUCAUUUGAAAAGGUCGCUAUGCUCUUAACCAAUAUGCUUGUAACUCACGCAAACAUAGAUGAACCCGCGCAGCCGGUUCCAAAGCUGUCUGAAUUGUUAUUACUGUUGAAUCAUUUUUUUAAUCCACAAGAUCCUCACACUGCAAAAGAACUUGAGGCUGAGAUGGACUCAAAGGCCAAAGCUCGAUUUGCUUAUCUGACAAUCUUUGACAUCAAGUCAGACGAAAAGUUUAGGGUUCCCACUGAUGAUGAUGUAUCAGAAGCGAUUGACUUCAUGUCUUCAAAUGCCGAGUGA